CAUAAUAAAAUUCUAAAAUGAAUAUUAAAAUAAAUAGUUAAAAUAAUUGUGAAAAAAUUAUGAAAAUAAAUUAAAUUUUACUUCCAACUUAAGAUACUUCAAAUAAGUUUAUAGGUGUUCAGUUUGGAGCUAAUAUUUUUAAAUGAAAAUGGAAGUUGAGCCGAGUGCUGAAUAUACAUGCCCAGCAGACACUUAAGAUCCCAAAUUAGAGCAACUCACAAUUAACCAACAAAUUAUGAAUCACUAAUUUUAAAAAAAAAAUACAAUAAGAAAACUCAUAUACACCUCAAACAUAAUUCCAACAAACUCUAAUAUUAGUUGAGACCAUAAACGUCAAAAUAUAUCGCUCUUGCAAAACGAACAUAAAAUACACACAUGAAAAUAUACAAUUAUAUAAUUAAAAAAAUUACAUGCAAAUCAAAUUCCGCGCGUAGCGCGGACCGACCCUAGUAUAUAUAUAUAUAUGUGUGUGUUUAUAUAUGUAUAUUAUUUGUUGCUGGUCUCUUUCAUCAAGCCCGCCUAAUCUGAAGAAACAUCUAGUAAGAAAGGACAACACCCAAAUCAUAGCUUUACUGGGAAAACAUUAGUUAGAACUUAGAAGGUAUUUAUUUUCCUAUAGUUAUAAGCAAGACAUUAUUGAAAAUUUAUGUUUUAGAGUACGUUACUCAAAAGCAUUUAGUAUAAAAAAAUUGCAGUCAAGUAGUCAACUAAUAAUUAAUUCCUUGCAUAACUAUAUUCCAUGUUUUCAUUUGGUGGCUUUUAGAUUACCAUUGAUGGGUCUCUCCAUCUACUACUUCGUCAGUUACACAUUUACAAAAAUAAUUUAGAUUACCAUUGAUGGUCUUUUCGGGAUAUAAAUAAUUUCUUAGAUAAUUACUACUUAGCUAAAGAUUAACCCACUAAUCCUUCCCGCCUUUUCAUCCCUCCUCUCAACUUCCAUUUGACACAUUACACGUUGUUGACUAGCUCAUUAUAUUAUUAUCAGUCUUUGCUAUUUAGAUAUUAUCAUUUAGUUGAAAUGUGUUGCUUAUAUUGAACAAAAGAAAAUGAAGACUGACAAAAAUUCAUAAGUUUUAUGCCAAACAAGUAAUCUUUAGAAAAUUAUUGGAUAUUAUUCUAUAAUCAACUUAUAUUCUUCAAAAUAAUAAUGGCGUCAUAUAGAGUAUAUUUGUAAUUGGAAGGAUUUUGGAGAAAUAUUGAUAUGAAAUUUUGUGACUAAUAGGGAUGGAUACAUAUAGUAAUCAAUUAAAUAUCAAUAUUUUGUAUUUAUCAUAUUUUGUAGUUUUUCUUAUAUAUCUUUUUUAUUUUUGACUUCGAAGAAAUAAAAAUUUAUUCUGUAUAAACUAAAAAAUUGAGACCUAUAACGUUAAUUUAUAAACAAAAUAUCAGAAUUAAUGGAAUUUAAUGGCUCAUUGAGUUUAUAUUCCUUGUUUACUAGCUAAACUUCUCUCAUAUUCCUUGUUACUUAGCUAAACUCACUCCUUUGUGUUCACCACUCCAUUCUAUUAAUCUUCUCUCUCUUUUUUUUCCAUGGAGCACCGGCGCAUUGCCCACGGCGCAGCGCCUCCGUUGACCGCCGUGGAGAGAUUUUUAUACGGCCAAAACAAUGAUGCCUUGAGUACCAAGAAACAAAAGGCUCCUAAAGAACGACAACCACCGAUCGUGAGAAGGACAGCGGUGACUGAGAUUGUAAACGAUAACAAAGAGAACACGACGUUUGGUCCAAAGAAGGAGAAACACUUGGUCGUUCAUGGCCGAAGCCCUAAUGGGGGCAUGGUCGUCAAAGAUGCAACCACGAAGAAGCGACCAUACAAGAAUCUUAUCAAAGGGCAAUGGACAACGGAAGAAGACAGAAAGUUGAUUAAGUUGGUGAGGCAACAUGGGGAGAGGAAAUGGGCAAUAGUCUCGGAAAAACUUGAGGGAAGAGCAGGCAAACAAUGUCGUGAGAGAUGGCAUAAUCAUCUCCGUCCUGAUAUCAAGAAAGAUGGAUGGAGCGAAGAAGAAGAGAGGGUUCUUGUAGAAGCACACACAAGAAUCGGGAACAAGUGGGCAGAGAUCGCAAAACUCAUACCUGGACGCACCGAGAACUCUAUCAAGAAUCAUUGGAACGCGACUAAACGACGCCAAAACUCAAAACGCGAAAAGAAACGCCAAGCAAACGCUGAUAAUAAUGAUAGCGAUCUCUCUCCACCAGCUAAAAGGCCUUGUAUUCUCCAAGACUACAUCAAAAGCAUCGACAACAAUAACAAGGACAAUGACGAUAACAAGAAUGAGAACUCCAUUAGUGUUUUUUCUACACCAAAUCUCGAUCAGAUCUAUUCUGAUGGAGAUUCUGCAUCGUCGGUCCUUGGCGAUCCGUAUGAUGAAGAGCUGGUUUACCUACAAAACAUCUUUGAAAACCACCCGGCUUCUCUUGACAACAUGGGUCUGAGCCAAGCAUCUGAUGAGGUGAACCAGUCUUCAUCAUCUGACUUCAUGAUCAAGAACCCUAACCCUAACUACCACAACGUUGUUCAGACUCAUCAUCAUGAUCAGGGAAUGGUCUCCGUUCCAGCGAACACUCCGCACCUUGCGUCUGAUAUCUACUUGUCUUACUUGCUGAAUGGUACGACGUCGUCCUACGCCGACCCUUAUUUUCCGUCUUCCUCAUCUUCCACGUCAUCCACCACCGUUGAGCAGGGAGUCCAUUACGAGUUUCUUGUGCCUCAAGCUAACUCUACUGGUGAAAGGAGAGAUAUGGAUCUGAUAGAGAUGAUCUCUGCUUCUACACAAGGGAGCAACAUCUCCUCCUUCCCAUUAUUCUAGCUGCCAACAUGAUCAUGUGAUACUAUGCGAUCAUCAUUAUGAUCAUUCUCUAUCUUCUCUCCCUUUGUUUAAUGUUUUGUUUUCUUAA